AUGCUGAAACAAGUCAACACUACUGCAAUUGCUCUGAUUCCUAAGCGUGUUGGUGCUGAGCGUCUAGAGGAAUUUAGGCCGAUCUCUUGCUGCACAACGGUUUACAAAGUCAUAUCUCGUAUCCUGUCUGCCAAGCUUAAGCUUUUUGUGGCUGAUGUGAUUCAAGGGAAUCAGGUUGGUUUUAUCAAAAGGCGUCUCCUUUGUGAGAAUGUGUUGUUAGCUUCUGAGUUAGUUGCCGAUUUCCUUGGUGAUAGAGACUUUUGGGCUCUUCAUGAUGAUUCGGGAGGUAGCUGGAUAUGGAGGAGGCUUCUCAAGCUUCGUUCACUCGCAAGGCCCUUUCUCUGCUGUACCAUUGGUUCGGGAAGGAUUGCUAGAUUCUGGACUGACAACUGGUCAGACCUUGGUCCUCUCAUUGAGCUUACUGGUGCGAAUGGCCCAAGGAUUACUGGUAUUCAUCGUUUGGCUGUAGUCUCCGAUGACUUGUUUCUUUGGAAGCAUUCGCCUGAUGGUAAUCAUGGUAUUUUUUCCUCUUCUAAAACAUGGGCUGCUUUGAAUCCUCCAACUCAAGAGGUAACUUGGUGGAAAUCUGUUUGGUUUUCACAACGUAUUCCGAAGCACUCUUUUAUUCACUGGGUGGCAAUGCGGGAUCGUCUGCCCACUCGUAAUCGUCUCCGUAGCUGGGGGAUGAAUGUUCCUGCCGUUUGUCUUCUUUGCCAGGUGGAGACCGAGAGUCGUGAUCAUCUCUUCUUCAGUUGUUCGUUUGCUCAGACUAUAUGGAGUUUUUUCUUUGGUCAUCCUAUCCUUCAGCCGCCUCAAGGCUUUGACGCCAUUGUCUCUUAG